AAUAAACCACAUUAAAUGCUUUACCAGCAGGGGGCGGUGAAGCGCGAUGUCGCCGUUGUCUUGUCAAACAAGGCGCAGAAGAAGUCCGGCCCGGUUGUAGGUUUUAACAUGGCGGCGGUGGACGUCGUCGUGUGCAACUUGGUGACUCUGUGGAGGAUACCAGCCGUCAGACACAAAUUCCCGUGGAUGUUUUUGCUCAUUUCAGUGUUGGGCUCCAUUCUCAAAGAGUUCCAGCUCGUCCCGCAGACUUACUUCAGCAGCAGCAGAAAUGUCCUCAACGUGUAUUUUGUCAAAGUGUCAUGGGGUUGGACACUGCUGCUGCUGACUCCCUUCCUCCUCCUCUCCAACACCGCCUUCAGCAGGAACCCCGUCUUCCUGGGCAGACGGCUCCUCUCGCUGGCGGUGGCCACCGUCGUGUGGUACUUGUGCACCGAGACUUUCUUCUACAUCGAGCACGUGACCGGUGAGUGUUUUCAAAGGGACUCCAUGGACGUGAGGAGCAGCCAGUUCACGUCCAAAGCUGAGUGCAGGAGCGCCGGCUACCACUGGCACGGCUACGAUAUCUCGGGACACUCCUUCAUCCUGACUUACUCGGCCCUCUUCAUCGUGGAGGAAACUGCGCCCAUGGCCUCCCUGAAGACGGCGAGAAUGUCCAUGCGACAGAGGGUGGUCCUCAACCUUCUGUAUGUGGCUCUUAACCUCAUCGUAAUCAUAUGGGUGUGGAUGUUUAUCUGCACCUCGGUUUACUUCCACGACCUGUCUCACAAGGUGCUGGGGACUGCGAGCGGGCUGCUGGCGUGGUACCUGACGUAUCGCCUUUGGUAUCUUAAACCUUGGUCUCCGGGACUCCCGCCGCAGCGCCAGCUCAAAGAACAGAAACAGCACACUUAGCUGCGCUUAUGCAUUGCUACACUACACGCCGUUUUAAGUUAUUCCCUCUGAGCACGGAGGUCAUUGCGUAGAGGAAGACUUUCCACUCUCAGUGUGGUACAAAUGCAAAGGUUUAAAAAGUCGGCUUGAAAGUAUGCUUUCCUGACCAAUGUAUUGCAGCUUCUCUGUUUUUAUAAAAGAUACAAACUAGGUAUCUAGUAACAGCAUUACUUCUUGAUCAUAACUGAAUAUGACACUACAAAUAGUGGCAGAGGAAAGGGACCAAGCCCUGCCACGAAAAGCGAAAGUCUCUGCCUACAAAUCUAUGAUCCCAAAACACUAUUAUGUCAGUCAUCUUAAAACAUUAUCCAUACAAAGAAGAUGAUUUUGGAAAAAAAGCACCCUGAGUGCUAAAGUGCACGUCAAUGUAGUUCAAUGGCAUCAAAAUGCUACAAGAUGGUGCCAAAACCCUGUCAAAUUAUAGAAAAGUUCUAUUAGACCAGUGGUCCGCAAACAUUUUACACCCAAAAACAUUAUUGGCUCUUCCAAGUACCACUACAAUGACCAAUAUUAUAAUACAAAUGCUAAAUGGACUGCACUUAUAUAGCGCUUUAGCUACACCAUCACUGUGCCCAAAGCGCUUAACAAAAGCCUCACAUUCACCCAUUCAUACACACAUUCAAGGGUGGAGUAGGCCUAAAUAUUUAUCAAGAAAAUGACACAGCGGUUGUGUUCCUAAAGUUGUAAUAUUAUAAGAAAAAGACCUAAUUUUCCAAGAAUGUCAAAAUUUAAAUUCAAAAGUUAAAAACUUUAAUUAUACAUGAAGUCAUAAUACAAGAAAAAAAUGAGUUAAAAUAAAACACCCCAAGCGUUACAGGAAUUAAGUGGAAAUAUUACGAGGAAAAAAAGAAAUCAAGUUAUCCGAGUCUAAAGACGGAAUACCACAAAAAGUAUUUGAAAUAUUUGACAAGAAAAUCAAAAUUAAACGACAAUAAAGUCGUUAUUACGUGAACAUUUGUAAUUUAUGAGGAUAAAGUAAGUUUCUAUCAACUAUAUCAAGGUUAAUAAAGGUAUCAGGUUAUUAAAAAAAAAUACCUCAAUCAAAAGUUUUUAAACAGUUUUUAAAGAUUAAAUGCAAAUGUAUGGAACUGAAAAGUUAAAUACAACUGGACUGCACUUGGGCAGUGAUCAAGGCGCUCGCCACUAAAUGGAGCCGCAUACCACACUUUAAGAAGCACAGUAUUAAGUCAAAGCCGUAGAAAACAUAAGUGCGGAAACGCUUUGAAGUCACUGCACUGUCAUUGGUUAAAUCCAUGUCACAUGGUAUAAGGACACCAUGUGGUCAACCAGCGUCGCCAAUCCCAGCAUUAAUAUCCCUUACACGUGUUACAUUUUGGAAAUAGUCAAUGUCAUUGCAUAGUGACGUUAAUGGAAGCUGGAUGACAAGAUUGUGGCAGCACAUUUCAGUGUCCUGACUUUCUGUGGUUUUGUGUUAGACGGGGCUUUGACACCUUCGUAGGGUGUUUCGGAAAGAGUUAAAAAAGAAAUGUAUAAAAAAAGAAAUUGGCAAUCGAGAAUAGCUUGCAUUAAGCAAUGCAAAUAGGUAAAGUCGGGUGAAGUAGUGCAAUAAUGUUUGUGUGACACUUUCAGACCUUGAUCAGACUGAUGAAUAUCAUUUCCUGUUCCACACACGCACGUGCCAAUAAAAUGCAUUGAACGUU